AUGGAAAAUAAGACAGGAGGUGAACUGAACCAGACACAACUUCAGGCCCGAGCAUUGGUAUCCCUAGAAUACCAAGUGGUCACUAUCCUCUUAGUUCUCAUCAUCUGUGGACUGGGCAUCAUAGGCAACAUCAUGGUGGUCCUAGUGGUGAUGAGAACCAAACAUAUGAGGACCCCCACUAACUGUUACCUAGUGAGCCUAGCAGUAGCUGACCUUAUGGUGCUGGUGGCUGCAGGUCUCCCCAACAUCACUGACAGUCUCUAUGGUUCCUGGGUCUAUGGCUACGUAGGAUGUCUCUGUAUUACCUAUCUCCAGUACUUGGGCAUUAAUGCUUCUUCUUGUUCCAUCACAGCAUUUACAAUUGAGAGGUACAUAGCCAUCUGCCACCCCAUCAAGGCCCAGUUCCUCUGUACCUUUUCAAGAGCUAAAAAGAUCAUCAUCUUUGUGUGGGCUUUCACCUCCAUUUAUUGUAUGCUUUGGUUUUUCUUGCUUGACCUCAAUAUGGUCACUUACAAAGAUGCCACUGUAGUGUCCUGUGGCUACAAAGUAUCUAGGAAUUACUACUCACCCAUUUAUCUGAUGGACUUUGGCAUAUUCUAUGUUGUACCAAUGAUUCUAGCUACUGUCCUCUAUGGACUCAUAGCUAGGAUACUGUUCUUGAAUCCCAUUCCUUCAGAUCCUAAAGAGAACUCUAAGGCUUGGAGGAAUGACCCAACUUACCAGAAGAAGAAUUUGAAUGCUAAGACAGCCAGCAGAUGUUUCAAUAGCACCAUUUCUUCCCGGAAGCAGGUUACCAAGAUGCUGGCAGUGGUUGUGAUUCUAUUUGCCCUUUUAUGGAUGCCCUACAGGACCCUGGUUGUGGUCAACUCAUUCUUAUCCAGCCCUUUCCAAGAAAAUUGGUUCUUGUUAUUCUGCAGAAUCUGCAUUUACCUCAAUAGCGCCAUCAACCCAGUGAUUUACAACCUCAUGUCCCAGAAAUUCCGGGCUGCCUUCAGGAAGCUGUGCAACUGCAAAAAGAAGACUUUAGAGAAGCCAGUCAACUACAGUGUGGCCCUGAACUACAGCGUCAUCAAAGAGUCCGACCACUUCAACACAGAGCUUGAAGAUUUCACAGUCACAGACACUUAUCUGGCCACUACCAAAGUGUCUUUUGAUGAUACGUGUUUGUCUUCUGAGGUAACAUUUAGCUGA